AUGGAGCUCGGUUGGGGCAAUUCGUAUUUAGAAGGAUACGGCUUAAACCAGAGCUAUGACGAUGGGGCAAUGGCACUGACUAGCGAGAACAAACCUCGUAUUCUUCUUAUGGGAUUGCGCAGGAGCGGCAAGUCAAGCAUUCAGCGAGUAGUAUUUCACAAAAUGUCACCACACGAGACACUUUUCUUGGAAGGCACCAACAGUCUUGACAUCAAAUACAUUGCCAAUAAUUCUUUUGUACAAUUUCAAAUUUGGGAUUUUCCGGGCGACUACGACUUUAAAGAGGAUUUGGUCUAUGGCGGCCAGCUUGUAAACGAGGAGAUGAUCUUCAGUAAUUGCGGCUCGAUUGUGUUCGUUAUUGACGCACAGGAUGAGCCAUAUGCAGAGGCACUGGCACGUCUGCACGACACAGUUACACGUGCUCACCGAUAUAAUCCAGACAUUCUGUUCGAGGUAUUUAUUCAUAAAGUGGAUGGAGAUCUUUUCCUUUCAGAUGAUCACAAGAUUGACUGCCAGCGCGAGAUCCAGCAGCAAAUCAUGGACGAAAUCAAAGAUGGAGAUCUGGAUAUUCACAUGAGCUUCUAUCUGACGAGUAUAUAUGAUCACUCGAUUUUCGAGGCUUUCAGCAAGGUUGUGCAGAAGUUGAUUCCACAGCUACCGACGCUCGAAAAUCUUCUCAAUGUUCUCAUUACGAGUUGCAAUAUGGAAAAAUCAUUUUUAUUUGACGUCGUGAGUAAAGUUUACAUCGCAACGGACAGUAAUCCGGUCGACAUGCAAUCGUAUGAGCUGUGUAGUGAUAUGAUUGAUGUUGUCAUCGACGUUUCGUGUAUCUAUGGGAUGAAAGACGAUGGGGAAGGUGAUGGGUUAGCUUACGAUUCAAAGUCUUCCUCAGUGAUCAAACUCAAUAACGGAAUGGUUUUAUACCUUCGUGAAGUAAACAACUAUCUGGCAUUGGUGUGUUUGCUACGUGGUGAAAAUUUUAUGAAGCAAGGAAUCAUUGACUACAACAUCGACUGCUUCAAGUCAGCCAUUGGCGACGUUUUUAAGGCACCAAAAGCCAUCGAGUAG